AUGAUCAGCAAUAAUGUUGGAAGCGAUGAACAGACAUAUGACAGUACUGAUCACCUACAACAAGUACACGCUCAGAUAUUUGUUCGCCAUGGUGCCAGGACUCCAAUCGAAAUAGUACCCAAUGUAGAAUCGGCUACAUGGGACAAAGACGAGUUGUUUUCAGGUGCUGAGAAUACGUAUAUAAAAUAUAAAGUGAAGUCAAUUAAUUGCGGACCGGCGCCAUUUUGGACUGCCGAAGCAAGAUAUAGAGGCCAUGUGUUCAAGGGUGGAUCUUUUCCAGGUCAACUGACAGCUAUUGGAAUGCAACAAAUGUAUCAACUUGGAUUAAAACUAAGAAGGGAAUACAUAGUAGAAAAGCAAUUUUUGUCUAGCAACUACAACUCAUCUGAAAUAUAUAUCCGCUCGACAAAUAUUGCCAGGACCCUUGAAUCAGCGAGAUCCUGUAUUGCAGGGAUGUAUCAAGACUUAAUUCUGAAACCUCCAGAUGAGCCUGUUAUCAUCUACACAGACGAGGACGCAACUGAAAUCCUGUAUCCUGAGACAAGACAAUGCAGUCAUCUACAGGCAUAUAACAAAUGGCUAGCUAAACAUUUAGACAUUAUUCCUGGCCUCACCAAAGAUAGACAGACAAUACAACAUGUAUUGGGACUUGGCAAUGAAGAGGACGUACAUUUUUAUUUCAUUAGAGAUGAUAUAUUUACGAGAAUGUUUCACAAUCUCCCAAUUCCGGAAGUUCUAAAACCAUAUUUGGAUAUUAUUGAAAAACGCACUCUAGAAAUAGCCAGAGUUGCAACAAUGGGAAUCACCUCGGAUGAAAAUAUUGAGACAUUGAAAAUGAAUGUUGGACCACUGGUGGCACUUAUAGUACAGAACCUCAGAGAUGCUGCACUGGAAAAAAGUGCUUAUAAGUUCCAUCUGUAUGCAUGCCAUGAUUCAUCUGUUAUUGCACUUCUAUAUGCGUUUGAUAUAUUCGACAACCAAUGGCCACCGUUUGCUGCAGAUCUGAGAUUUGAAGUCUUAGUAUCAAAAAUGUCAACUAUAGCAACUGACGAGGCAUGUCAUGGAGGACUGUGCCAAGAUCCAUUAUACAAAUAUGAAUAUAAAAGUCAAGUAAAGAUUGCAGAAAGAUCUAGACCACCAUUCACAUCAAAAUGUUCUUUAUUGUAG